AUGGCUUACAAUCAGUUGAGUCACUUCUACAAUACAAUGAAGUUCCGAGGAAUCAAAGGAGCUACAGGGACACAGGAUUCCUUCAUGACGCUAUUCGGUGGGGAUGAAUCAUUGGUCGAGAAACUGGACGAACUUGUAACCGCUAAAGCAGGUUUCAGUCAGAAAUUCUCCAUAACAGGGCAGACAUACUCCAGGCAGCAGGAUGUCCAAUUAAUAUUCGCUCUUGCUGCGAUCGGUGCAGCAGUGAAGAAGAUUUGCACUGAUAUACGUGUUCUUCAAGCUAUGGGCGAGCUUCUUGAACCUUUCGAAAAGGAUCAGAUAGGAUCAUCUGCUAUGCCAUACAAAAAGAAUCCAAUGAAAAGUGAACGAUGUUGUUCCCUGGCUCGAAAGCUAAUACAUUCUCCGCAGGAAGCCCUCAAUAUAUUGAGCGACCAAGGCUUGGAACGAACCCUUGACGACUCAGCUAAUCGCCGAAUGCUUAUUCCGGAUUCUGUGCUUACCACAGAGGCUAUGCUAUCAACUCUUCAGAACAUUUUCGAAGGCCUCACAGUGCAGACAGAAAAUGUUGCACGGAUUGUUCGUGAAGAGCUACCAUUCCUUGGAUUGGAAAAGGCAAUGAUGUGGCUGACAGAAGAAGGUGUCGAUCGACAAAAAGCCCAUGCAGUCAUUCGAGAAACAGCCCUCGAAGCAAAGAAGAAACAGGCGACUCAAGUUGUUCAUAUGGAGGAUAUUUUGAAGGAUCCAUUUUUCGACUCGGUCCGCGAGCGUGUAAUGGCGCUAGUGGAUGAACCAAUUCGCUUCACUGGCCGUUGCGAAUCGCAAACAAUGCGCUUCAUCAAUGAAGAAUUGCGUCCUGCAAUAGGAAACCACUUCGACUCUGGAGCUACUUGCAUGCAACUAGAUGUGUAA